AAGGCUCUUUCGCGGUGCGUUUCUGACGACUUCCGUCGGCUCCUCUCGCGGGGAUUGGCUGUUGGCGGCGUUGCGGCUAAGCUCGUGUGCGGCGGCGGUGUAGGCAGCGGCUGCAGCGAGAGAGUUUGGCGCGAUGUCUCACACCAUUUUGCUGGUACAGCCUACCAAGAGGCCAGAAGGCAGAACUUAUGCUGACUAUGAAUCUGUGAAUGAAUGCAUGGAAGGUGUUUGUAAAAUGUAUGAAGAACAUCUGAAGAGAAUGAAUCCCAACAGUCCCUCUAUCACAUAUGAUAUCAGUCAGUUGUUUGAUUUUAUUGACGAUCUGGCAGACCUCAGCUGCCUUGUUUACCGAGCUGAUACCCAGACAUACCAGCCCUAUAACAAAGACUGGAUUAAAGAGAAGAUCUACGUGCUCCUUCGUCGGCAGGCCCAACAGGCCGGGAAAUAGCUGAGUUAGAAGCAGUGGGGGCUGGGGGUGGGCUUGGAACACAGGUGUGUACAGCGUGCUGCAGUGGCGGCUCUGUAUUAUAGUAAUCCUGUCUCCAUCUUGGUGUACUCUAGCCAGGAUGGAAGGUAUUAGAUGAAAUGUGAGGAUCUUGUUCAAUCUGAAACCCCCAUUGCCCCCUUCCCCUCCCUUUUUUUUUUACUUAAACAUUUUUAUGAUAAUUUAGAUGGAAGUUGUUUGUCAGUUAAUCUUGGUUCCAGUCCUUCAAACUGUUCAUAUCUACUUUAUAACAUUCGCUGUACUAACCCUUCAGGUUGGGGUGGGGGGGUAGUGACAGUUUAGUUACAUGCUCAAGAUAAAGUCUUAGUGAAAAAUGAAUAAAUGUUCUUUAGUUAAAUUUU